CCGCCUCCGGCAAAGCGCGCCCGCGGCAACCACGCGAAGGCCGGCGGAAUAGUCAAAGGACACGGCAGCAGUCGCAGUACUGGCAAGUUGGCUGGCUUCAUGCAUAUGCCGAUGGACAUCUUCAUCGAGAUUGCGUCGCAUUCGCAUCCGCUGGACCUGCUGCACAUCUCCAGAACAUCGAAGCAGCUGCGCUCGGUUAUUCUCUCGCGCAAAAGCAGAUUCGUGUGGACGGAAAGCUUGGCCAGCGUUGACGGUCUCCCGCCCUGUCCGGAGGGCAUGACUGAGCCUGCGUACUCUGCGCUCUUAUUUGAUCGUGUUUGCAAUGUGAGUGUUCUUGAGUUCAGUUAA